CAAGCCUAUCCCCCUUCCCUCACCUCACAUUCAGUCUAAGUCCAAAUCUGUCCAGUCUUUCUUCUAAAUGCAGCUCAGAUUCGUUCACUUCGCGGCUUCCCUCUCUUCUGCUAGACCAGGCCGCCAUCUUGUGACUGGGCUCAGGAAUAGCUUCCUAAGUGGUUUUUGGCCUCAGAAAUCUUUUACAAACAUAAAUUGAUCUUGUUACUGCUCUAAUGAAACUCCUUGGGUCAGUACUUUCCAUUGCCCAAGUUCUCCCUGGAAGCACUCUGCCCGCGCUCCCCGCCCCUCCCCCUUCAUUGUCCGUUGACUUGUCUCCCGUACUAGAUGGUGUACUCUGUGGGGGUAGUGACUUUGUGCAAUAUUGUAUCCCCAACACCUGAUGCAGUGAUUGAAUGAAUGUCUGUUGAAUUAAUAUGAAAGAAGUUUCCCCUCUCAUUCCCCUGUUGCUGGGUCCUUGUCCCCAUGCCAGUAUGUUAGACCCCAGAAUGGCCGUGGGUGAGGACGCUCUGUCCCUCUGGCUGUUCAGGCACUGAUUUCCACCCCCAAAGGAUGUUGCCUCUCCCCUUCGUCUGCGCCACCUUCUCUUCCACCAAUAUAAGGCCAAACUGGAGGCUGGUGGGCAGUCAUGCAUGUUAUGGCGGGCCCUGCAGGUAGCCGGAGUCUGGGCCCCCCCCAAGCCCUGUACAUGGUCCUCUUAAUAAUGCUGGUCCUGAUGAGCUUGGCGUUUGGUGAGUUUGAGCGUUAUGAUCAAGAACCCCUUCAUCAGAUUCAUUUAAAUAAAUACCUAAGCUGCUAUCGAUGCCUCUUGGAGACCAAGGAGUUGGGAUGCCUUCUGGGAUCUGACAUCUGCCUCGCCCCAAAGGGCAGCAGCUGCAUGACUCUGCUCAUAGAGAACAACAGUGGUUCGGAGAUCGUUGUGAGUGACUGCCGCAGCAAGGAGCAGAUGAGUGAUCGCUCGUACACCCACACUCCUCCAGUGCUGGGCUUCUAGAUAUUCUCUCGAUGCUGCUUCCGGAAUUUCUGCAAUAACCCUCAGAACAGAAUAAAAUAUGGUCCUUAG